AUGGCACUCUCCCACGUAAAGGCCCUCGCAAUUCACAGUGAUUUUGAUCAGAUUGCAAUUGGAUCAAGAGAAACUAUAACAGUUCACAAGUACAACCUCGGCGCAAAUAAACGAGAGGAAAUAGGCGCAUGUGACAUCCAUUUUUGGCGCCAUUUUGGAGCAAUUUGGCGCAGUAUCUGA